AUGGCAAGCCCGACUACUGGCUUCUCGAUAAAUGUCAACGACCCCAGCUUGAUCUCGCUGGUGAACAAGCUGCAGGAUGUCUUUGCGACGGUUGGAGUUCAGAACCCCAUCGAUCUGCCCCAGAUUGCCGUCGUCGGUUCGCAGUCAAGUGGAAAGAGUUCCGUCCUAGAGAACAUUGUUGGCCGGGAUUUCCUGCCUCGUGGUUCUGGAAUUGUCACUCGGAGACCCCUCGUACUGCAACUUAUCAACAGGCCCGCUGGUUCGCAAACAAACGGUGUGAAGGAGGAGGCCCUGGAGACGACGGAUAAGGAGGCCAACAUAGACGAGUACGGCGAGUUUCUUCACAUCCCCGGCCAAAAGUUCUACGAUUUCAACAAGAUCCGCGAGGAGAUUGUGCGCGAAACCGAGUCCAAGGUCGGUCGCAAUGCCGGUAUCUCGCCCGCUCCUAUCAACUUGCGAAUCUACUCGCCUAAUGUCUUGACCCUCACACUCGUCGACUUGCCCGGUCUGACCAAGGUCCCCGUGGGAGAUCAGCCCAAGGAUAUCGAGCGUCAGAUCCGUGACAUGGUUUUGAAGUACAUCAGCAAGCCGAACGCUAUCAUCUUGGCUGUCACUUCCGCCAACCAGGAUCUGGCAAACUCGGAUGGUCUGAAACUGGCGCGGGAGGUCGACCCGGAGGGUCAACGCACGAUCGGUGUGUUGACCAAGGUCGAUUUGAUGGACGAGGGUACCGAUGUUGUGGAUAUUCUUGCGGGCAGGAUUAUCCCUCUGCGUCUGGGUUAUGUUCCGGUCGUCAACCGUGGUCAGCGUGAUAUUGAGAACAAGCGGCCUAUCGCAUAUGCCCUGGAGCACGAGAAGAACUUCUUCGAGGGUCACAAGGCUUAUCGCAACAAGUCCUCGUACUGCGGAACUCCUUAUCUCGCCCGGAAACUGAACCUUAUCCUUAUGAUGCACAUUAAGCAAACCCUUCCCGAUAUUAAAGCGCGCAUUUCGUCCUCCCUUCAGAAGUAUUCCUCGGAACUGUCACAGCUCGGUGACUCGAUGCUCGGAAACAGUGCCAAUAUCGUCCUCAACAUCAUCACGGAGUUCAGCAACGAGUACCGCACGGUGUUGGAGGGAAGCAACCAGGAGCUGUCCAGUAUCGAGCUGUCCGGUGGUGCUCGUAUCAGCUUCGUCUUCCAUGAGCUCUACUCCAAUGGUAUUAAGGCCGUCGACCCAUUCGACCAUGUGAAGGACAUUGAUAUUCGCACCAUCCUCUACAACUCCUCUGGUCCCUCACCAGCACUGUUUGUGGGCACCACUGCUUUCGAACUCAUCGUGAAGCAGCAAAUCAAGCGCUUGGAGGACCCCAGCUUGAAGUGUAUCUCGCUGGUCUACGACGAACUGGUCCGCAUCCUGGGUCAGCUCCUGAACAAGUCGCUGUUCCGGCGGUACCCUAUGCUGAAGGAGAAGUUCCACGCGGUCGUUAUUGGCUUCUUCAAGAAGUCCAUGGAGCCGACCAACAAGCUUGUGCGCGACUUGGUCAAUAUGGAGGCAUGCUACAUCAACACGGGUCACCCUGAUUUCCUGAACGGACACCGCGCUAUGACUAUCGUCAAUGAGCGUCAAACCGCAGGCAAGCCUACUCAAGUGGACCCUAAGACUGGCAAGCCUCUGCCCCCGCGAGCGAACAGCCCGUCGGUUGAGGUUCCUGUGGACAACAACAACUCCGGUGGAUUCUUCGGCAGCUUCUGGGCUUCGAAGAACAAGAAGAAGAUGGCUGCCAUGGAGCCGCCACCGCCGACCCUGAAGGCGUCUGCCUCUUUGUCGGAGCGGGAGAGCGUGGAGGUUGAGGUCGUCAAGCUCCUGAUUACCUCUUACUUCAACAUUGUGAAGCGGACUAUGAUUGACAUGGUGCCCAAGGCCAUCAUGUACACUCUCGUCCAGUUCACCAAGGACGAGAUGCAGCGCGAGCUCCUCGAGAACAUGUACCGCAACAGCGAGCUGGACGACCUGCUGAAGGAAAGCGACUACACGGUCCGCCGGCGGAAAGAGUGCCAGCAGAUGGUGGAGAGCCUUUCCCGGGCCAGCGAGAUCGUCAGCCAGGUUCAAUAA